AUGAAUGUGCUUUCUAAGAUGCUUGAUCUGACAGCUUCUAAGUGUGUGUUUCAGUAUCAUCCUAAGUGCAAACGGAUUGGUCUUACACAUUUAAGUUUUGCUGAUGAUUUGCUAAUUUUCUGGAAGGGUACGGUGAAUUCGGUGGUGGGGAUUCAUUGUGUUCUGCAGGAGUUUUAUAAAUACUCGGGGCUGGUAUUGAAUUCUCUUAAAACUGAAGUGUUCUCGUCAGGUUUGUGUGAGAUGUCACUGGGUUUAAAUUGGGGCAGCUUCCUGUUGCAACUAGUCCAGAGUGUACUGUAUGGGGUUCAGGCUCUUGUGCUUCCUAAAGUUGUUAUUAAACGUUUGGCUCAACUUUGCUCAAGGUUCUUUUGGAAGGGUGGUGAUUUGAAGGCGUGCGGGGCGAGAGUUAGCUGGGAAAUGAUUUGUAAGCCUAAGAAUGAAGGGGCAGAUGUCCAUGUAUUAAAGGGUAAUCCGUUCGUGGAGUUUGUGCCUCCUAAAACUUGUAGUUGGUUUUGGAGGAAGCUACUGAAGUUGCGUAGCUUGGCUGGUUCACUUGUAGAUUCCACUACGGGGGGCUGGAGGUUGCAGGGGAGGUUCUUUGUGAAGAAUGCGUGGCAGGAGAUUCGUAGGAAGCAACCAAAAAUUGUCUACCAGGAGAGCUUGUAG